CGUCGCAGCCGUCCACUAGGCAUGAUCAUAUGAAGAUGAGUGUGCAGCUCUUCGCGCCUCAGCAACUUCGUCCUCCACAAUCAUCAUUACUUGGAACCAACAGUUCUCAUCGUGCUCUUCACAAUGUCUACCUACGAAGGAAGGCUAUUCAUCAAUGGAGAACUUCAAGCGGCUUCGUCUGGGCGCACAUUCGAACUAAAGAACCCAACGACCAACGAAGUGAUUGCAGAUGUCUCGGUUGCGCAGCAGGAAGACGUCGACAGAGCUGUUGCAGCAGCCCAGAAAGCGCAGCCUUCCUGGGCAGCCACACCAGCGUAUCUGCGAGCACGAGUUCUCCGAAAGUUUGCUGAUCUCGUGCAUCAACAUACCACAAAGAUCCAAGAGCUCGACUCUGUGAGCAUGGGAAAACCCGUCGCCUUGGCCGAGGGUGACGUCGAGGAAGGGCGGAAUAUCACGAACUAUUUCUCGGGCCUUAUUGAACUCGCAGAUGGGCAGACCUCUGUCAAUAGCCCCGACCAUCUGAACAUGAUGAUCCGGCAGCCAUAUGGAGUAGUGGCCGCCAUUAUUCCCUGGAACUUCCCGGCUAUGUUGUUUUGCCAUGAGAUAGCUCCGGCGUGUGGAGCAGGCAAUGCGAUGAUUCUGAAGACAUCAGAGAAGGCACCUCUCAGUGGUAUUUUCCUGGCUCAGCUUUGUUUGGAAGCUGGAUUUCCUCCAGGGAUUGUGAACGUUAUCUCUGGUGCUGGAGAUACAGGAGCACUGCUGUCAUCUCAUAUGAAAAUACGCAAGAUCAGCUUUACUGGGUCAACCAAUGCCGGGAGAGCUGUCAUGCAAGCAGCUGCGCAAUCUAACCUUAAGGACGUGGCCCUCGAGCUUGGUGGGAAGAGUCCCCUGGUAGUUUUCGCCGACGCAGAUCUCGAUCACGCAGCGCAGAUGUCGCUACGAUCGUUCACAUUCAACUCUGGCCAAACGUGCACUGCCUCUACUCGCCUCUAUGUCGAGAAGGUGGUAGCAUCGAAGUUCAAGCAACUGUUGGUUGAUGGGGUGAAAAGGUUGGCACAGGGUCCACCAGCUCAGAAAACCACAGAUCUCGGUCCCCAGGCCGACUCGACACAGGCGUCAUCAAUUUCAAGAUUCUUGGAGACUGCUAAAAGCGAAGGACAGGUUCUAGUAGGUGGUGAACGAGCAACAGACGUUGGUGAUAAUUUCAUCCAACCAACCAUUUUCACUGGCCUCAAAGACAGCAGUAAUAUCAAUCAGCUUGAAGUUUUUGGGCCAGUUCUGGUCCUGCAUGAAUUCAGUGACGAGGAAGAGGUGAUUCAAAGAGCCAACGAUACGGAAUACGGCCUUUACGCAUCGGUCUUCAGCACUAACAUCAACAAGGCGUUAAGAGUGGCCAGAGCUCUGGAAGCUGGAUCGGUUGGUGUCAAUGAAACCUCACCAUACGGGGCUUAUGAAUUGCCAUUUGGUGGCUUCAAAGCUUCGGGUAUUGGACGUCAGAAAGGGUCAGAUGCGGUUCGUUCUUGGACACAGGAGAAGACGGUCUACAUACACCACGGAUAGAGUCCUCAAUAUGAGGUUAGCUGCUGACAAAAGCGCCGAGCACUAGCAACUGUUGGUAUUAAGUUGAGAGGGAAUAAACAUGCCCAUCAUUACAUCGUUAGUACACUCAGACAGAG